AUGUCUGUAUUUUUAUUGACCCUACUUAGACUUACUUCCCAAGAACCUUUGACAACUUCAUAAAUCAAAGUUUGCGAUUCAAACAAAAAUGCUGAUUGUUCUGAAAACAUGCUUAUCUCAUUGACAAUUGAAAAUUCAUUCUCAACUUCAACAGAAUAAAUCUAAAUCAAUUCAACAAUACUCAACAAUCAAACUGUUUAAUUGUCAACUCCAUUUACACUUACAAUUACAAAAACACCUGUCUAUGCUUAUUAUCCAUUAAAAUAUUUCCAAAAUUACAAUAGUCAACCUUAUGAACUUUAAAUCCCAUCAGCAGUUAACCCUUGUGAUGAUAAUUGGACUUCUAAUUCGCCAACAUGUGGAUUCUAAUAUUCAAGCACUAAUAAGGUUUAAGACAGCUAAGGCUUCUGUUGUUCUUGUGGAUCCUCGGAAUACAGUGGUUAAAAUGAUUAAUCAGUCAGGAUUAAUAUUUGCAAAAAUGCUUCGGUUGCUACUAUGGCUUUUUGUCUUAGAUAUUCUCCCCUUUGGUAUAGCUCUUACAAUAUAUCCAAAUUUGUAAUCCAUUAUAACAUUACUAUUUCUAUUAAGUACUCCAAUGAUGAAGUUGAAUAAUACACACUAGGGAGUGAAGUAAAAGAAGUUAAAGGUGAGUCUUCUAUCGCUAAAAUUAUUUCAGAUUAUAUUCCAUCAAACUAGCCACCAUCCUUAGAGUCCUUUAUGCUAAUGAAACCUAGUUCACCUACCAGUCAUAAUAGGGUAUAAGCUGGAUCAGCAGCCUAUAUGUUUGUACCUAAAGAAUUUUUAGGGUAAGGAGAAUGUAACAAAAUUGGAGUUUCAUAUACUUCAUUUAAAAAUGAAAGAAAUAGUUGCAAAAAGUUAAUAAGGUCUUGCUUAUAAAAUUAAUUAGAGGAUCUAUAUCAGAAUGAUAUUGCUUAACUUAAUAACAAUUCUUAACCUACCUAUUUGAUAUAAAAAUAUGGGGAAUUUAAGUAAAUCAACAUCAAUAAUGAUUAAUACCUUUAAUUUAGCAUUGAUCAAUAAAUGUUCACGACUAUAACAUUGGAAAUCAAUACAACUGGUCGCAUUUCUUAUAUUGGGAAUAAAUAAGAAAGUGUGAAAGGAUAAAUAGAUUUAGUUGAAAUUCAUAAUUUUUCGAUUGCAUCAGGAUCUGGUUUAUUGUAUGCUUAAAUUACCAAUACUGGAGGUAGUUUAAGUGAAUUUAAGAGCUUUUUUAAUUGUUCUACGAAUACUAUCACAAUAAAUUCUACAGAACUUGAGCCAUUGUAGAGUAUAAUAAUUUAAUAAGACAUAAAUGUUUCAAUUGAUAUCAAAAAAUCAACUAGCUGUAAUUUUAGUUUAUUAAGUAAUGAAGGAGCUCUUUUGGAUUGGAAAAUUGUCUAUCUUAACUAAUUUGAUAAUAAUACAAAUCAAUCGAAUAAUUACAAUUAAACAAUUACUAGUGAAGGAAAAGUGUGUGAAAUAAAGUGUUCUCAAUUCAUUGACAUUUCUUGUUAUUUGUAGAAUAAUUGUGAAAAGGAUGCAAUCACUUUUUUUACUGUUUUAGGUGGAAUAUUAUUAACUUUUUCUUUUUGUUGCCUUUAUGUAGGAUAAAAAAGAAAUUCAUGUUGUUUUUGGUCUAAAAAUAAAAGAAUGUCAAUUAUUCCACCUUUAGAAAGUGUAUUGUAUCAAUAAAAUAGCUAAAUGAAGAGAAGAAUUGGAGGAUCAGAGUCAUCUUAUGAAUAGAUUUCUUAGUUAUAAAUUUCAAUAUUAAGUGCCAAUCUAAAUAAGAUAAUGUACUUAAACUUGGCGUUGGGCACAGAUCCUAUUUCUAAUCACCUUCAAUCAGAUGCAUCAUUUGAAGUGUUGGCAACUUAUUAGAAUAAGGAUUUAGUAGAGUUGUCAAUAAAAAGGAGAAGCCCUUUUGUAAGAAUAUUUAAAGAGAUAUACGGUUUGUAAGAUGCAGAUAGGAAUGUAAAGAAGUACUUGGAAGGGAAGAGGGAGUCGAUUUAUUUAUUCAGCAAUUUACUAACAGAAUUUCCACUCUUUAGCAUUUAUUGA